AUGUUGUCCAAAACCAUAUCGCUUUUACUUCUCAUCAGCAGCGUUCUUUCCACCCCUCUCGACGCCGCCUCCAAGCGCGCAAACUGCCCUAACAUCCACGUCUUCGGUGCCCGCGAAACCACCGCUUCUCCAGGCUAUGGAUCCUCCAACACCGUCGUUAAUGAGGUCCUCCAGACCUACUCCGGCUCCACCGCCGAAGCAAUCAGCUAUCCAGCCUGUGGCGGGCAGUCAUCGUGCGGCAGCGUCAGCUACUCUAGCUCCGUAGCCCAGGGAAUCCAGGCCGUUGCAUCCGCUGUAAACUCUUUUAAUCAGGAGUGUCCUAACACGCAGAUUGUCUUGGUGGGAUACUCGCAGGGCGGUGAAAUCAUGGAUGCAGCGCUAUGCGGCGGCGGUGACCCUAAUCAAGGCGUCACUAAUACAGCUGUGCGAUUAUCUUCCUCUGCUGUCAACCAGGUCAAGGCAGCCAUUUUCAUGGGCGACCCUCUGUUUCGAUCUGGUCUGUCGUACGAAGUCGGAACCUGUGAAGCUGGAGGUUUUGAUGAGCGUCCUGCAGGCUUUAGCUGCCCAUCAGCGAGCAAGAUUCAGUCGUAUUGCGAUGCUUCGGAUCCGUACUGUUGCAACGGCAGUAAUGCAGCUACCCACCAGGGAUACGGUGCUGAGUAUGGCGCGCAGGCUUUGGCGUUUAUCAAGACAAAACUGUCUGCUUAGGCUGUGCUAUGUCGACUCUUGGAAGUAGAUAGCACGUAGGGCAUGUGUGCAUGUGUGCAUGUGCCCAAUGUGUGGACUUGUCGAUGAGGUUUUCUUAGGACGCCGGAUAGUAUUGGUAUUAG